AGCCAUCAUUCAGCGACAUAUUAAACAACAACAUCAAGAAUAUGUCAAUGUCAACGAUGAACCUGGUUUGUUUAUUAGGCACGAGUACUAGGGUACUAACUACGAGGCACCUUCCGGGUGCACCUGUCGUGUAUGUCUCUACAGUCAAUACAGACAGACUUAGAUGAUACAAAACAAACUCCAACUCGGCGACAACUGACCAAAGGACAACGUCUUUUUCACUUUCCGCAAAAAGAAAAACCGUAAAAACUAAUCGACGCUUGUUUAUUCGAUAGUAACUUAAUAUAGCGAGCGACUUCUAAUAUUUGCGCACUGGCAUUGUCUAAUAUUCAGCAGCACCAAGAUGCACAAUCGUUACCCUCCGCAGCCGGGUGGUGGUUACGGCCAACCAGGUAUCAAAUGCAACUAUGUCUGGGUCUGGAAGUAGAUUCUAAACUUGUGAUGCUGUCUCUGGAUUCGAAAAAAAUUUGUAUUGCAUGACCAGCAAGACGAGGACUCCAGUUUGUCCUACGGCGCGGAGUAGGGGGCAUUUCUCAUGCGGAAUAGGCAUUAGGAAGCCCUCUAAAAAUCUGCAAUACUUAUACUAUGGCAUGCAUUACAGACAUUACGGGUCAUGCAAAAUAUGCAUGACAAAUCUGGCAAUCUUCCAGACCCAGACAUAUUUGCAGUUCAUACCAAGCGGAUACGGCGGGGCAGCACCCGGACCUCCACAGGUGGGAUAAUAUGCAAUGCAAAAGUAUCGUAUUCGUAGUAAUUGCAUUCAUGCAUUACAAAUUUCUUUCUCAAGGUGAAUCAGCAUUACAAAUUGAAUUUGUAAUGCUGGGCUAGUUUGUAAUGCAAUUUAUACUAGUACGAUGCUUUUGAUGCACUGGAUAGACAAUGAUUUUAAACAACUGCUUACUCCAGGCAAUCUAUAACUAAGGGCCGCAUGGCAAAAAAGCGGUUUCGGUUUUCGUCCUUUUCCUCUUGUAUAUACAUGUCAAGUUUUUCGCAUCCGAGCGAGAUCUGUCUUGAUGCAGGACCACUAUGACCCGUGUUGAGUCAAUAGAUAUCAAAACCUAGAUGAAAAAAUAUACAAUACUACAGUACGGCGGGCCCCAACAAGCUGCCCCACAACCCGCACCGUAUGGAAACCAACAGUAUGGUCAGAUGCAGCCGCCCCAACCCCAGUACGGUGGUCCGGCACCCGGAGCUGCACCCCAGUACAACCAUAUUGAAAGGAAAAGCCCCCCUCUUCAUAUUGAAAAGGUAUGUUUCCGAAAAUCUGUGUUGCUGAUUUGUGGCCACAAAUCACAUUUGUCUUGCAAGAACACGAGGGCAGAAGCUUCCCUCCCAUUAUGGAGCCGAUUUGUCAUGCUGUUGGGCCUAAAGGGCAGCCGUUUGCAAUGCUGAACAACUAGACCCAGACGCCCCUACCUAGGCUGGGGAUCUGGCCGCGGUGCCUUCCUGCAAUACAAAGCGUAGCUGUGUACACAGCUCCAGCAUCAGAGGUUCCGUUUUGAUAUGAGGAGGGGGGAUUUUUCCUUUUGAUAAACCACGGAGCAGCCCCAGGAGUACAACCCGGACCGCCGCAGUAUCAUGGAGGGGGUCCACCUCAUCAGCAGAUGCAGCAACCACAAUACGGCCAGCCGCAGCCACCUAUGUACGGCGGGGGAGGGGGUGGCCAUCCGAUGCAGCCCCCAACGCCUUCGGGCGGUGGGUACCACCCACCACAGCGACCGAGUGCUGGUAAAAAAAAAAUGAUCGAAGUAGAUCUACAUGCUGGCAUAGCAACAUGCUUUUGCCUGACACAUCUCGCCGCGUCAUUGUUAGAAGAUCUGAAUGAUGAUCAUGAUGUCUUGCAUUUUUUCCAAAGUAAUAUAUCGAAAUUCUUCAGGCGGCCCCCCAGGCGCUCCGCAGCAACCAGGCAUGCAGCCCGGAGGGCCACUUGGUCAACAUCAGCAGCCACAACACGCCCAACAGCAGCAACCGCAACACCAGCAGCAGCAAAUCUCGCAAACGGUUCCCGCACUGAAAACCUUGCAGCGAGCCGGAGUUAUUGUCUCAUGGUGUCCGUGCGAAUCCCAGCCGAAUUUUAUGAAAGUGCACUACAACCUUCCCUCCGUCCCCGCCCUCAUUAGUAUUGCAUGAGCAGCAAUAGAAAAACCAGCGCACAUGGAGCCUCCGCAUGACAAGUUGAAGUUCAUGCGCGUCAACAUGUAGCUAGUAGUGUUUAGGCUUCCAGAAUCUGUCAUGCAAACGGUGCGGCCACAAGGCAGCGCGUGGAUUUGGGCUUUUGCAUGACAAAUGAGGGGGAGGGGGAAAAAUUGUGCACUGUCAUAGCUUUGAUCGCGUUAGGGACUUCUCAAUCCGCCACACCCUCGAUUAACGCGGAUUUUUCGUACCAGGAGACACCGUCUAAACUAGAAUUCUGCACGUUUGACUUAACCCAAUCGCACGAUCAGUGCUCCGUGAUCGCGACCUGCGAUUUCCAGAACAUGAAGUUUCUCUCACUCUCCUGGGGCGCGAAGGAUCUCGACCAGGGAAGGUUUAUUCCACGAAAAAAAGUGUUUCACUGUGAUGAUCUUGCAAGAUCUGCAUCACAAGACUAUGUUACACAUGACACAGAAAAUUUGCCAUGCGCGCUGCCGAAUGGAAAACACCGCUAAAGAGUCGAGGUCUUGCAGGUCGUGUGGCAAGACAAAUAAUUCUGUCUUCCAUUCUACGCAUCACAAGUUCACAGUGAAACAGUUUUUUCUCAGGAUAAGGCUCCCAUACGGGUUACUCUGCGCCGCGCACCCGGACGGGGUGUUGAAUCUCUACGACCCGGCGGUGAUAAUCUCCAGUCACGGCAUAUCACACGAAAAAAGUGUUACAGUUACACACUCUGAUGCAAGUAGACCAGCAAGGCAGACAACCUUUGUCAUGCAGAAAAUGCUUGCCAGCCUCAUUGUCAUUUCGUGCGGGUUUUCCCUUAUGGUCUGCGCAUUACACGUUCUCUUUGCCUUGUAGGGCAACUUUGUGAUGCUGAAAUUCCAACAAAUGUGUAACUGUAACAUUUUUUUCCUGUGAUACGGCAGCGACAACGGGUUGCUGUACAGCUCCGCGAAAGUCGGCGGAAACCAGAUUUACUACACCGGCUGUGCCGCGUUUCAUCCGAAUAAGUCGAACGUGUUGGCCGCGGGGAGCAGGAAUUGCGAGGUGCAAAUCUUCAACUUAUCGGACCCAACGCAGCCAGAAAUUCACAAGCAGUCUGGACAGACCAAAAUGCAAGGGGAAAUCGUCGACUUGGCGUGGAAUAGGAAGGUAUAAUAGGAAUAGGAUCAUAGUGUUGUAAAAAAUGAAAUAUCUUGUUCAGCUUGUCAUGCGUAGCCUUGCAUGAGAAACCGAAGUUCUCAUGCAAGUUGUGCAUUACAAACAACUUUUGUAGGUGCCAAACAUCAUCUCUUCCACCUCCUCUAACGGCGUGAACGUGUAUCCUGUGCAAAAGUAUCGUACUCGUAUUGCAAUCAUGCAUAUACAUUUUUUUUCUGAAAGCAAAUCCGCAUUACAAAUUUUAUUCCUCAUGCUGAGGAAAUUUGUAAUGCAUUCAUACGAAUACGAUACUUUUGCAAUUCAUAACGUGAUCUGGGACCUGAAAACCCGCGGCACCUGCGCCGAAAUCGUGGACCCGUCGCAUCGCCAGCACAUCGCCAACGUGCAGUGGAGUCCAGAUUGCGCGACGCAGCUCAUCGUCGCUUAUGACGACGACAGACUCCCGGGUUUUCAAAUCUGGGACUUACGACAGCCGAGCUACCCGUUUCGCGAGGUGAACUUCGGACACGUGAAAGGCAUCACGAAAAUUGCCUGGAACGACACCGAUCCGGACUUGCUUUUGUCCACCGGGCGGGACAACCGGACCAUCUGCUGGGUGUUGGGGUUGAGCCAAACCGCACAAACGGUUUACAACAUCAAGGAGCCGGAGGUGUACUGUGACGUGACAAAUGUUUCCAACUGUGUGGACGUGCAGUUUUCCCCCUAUUUGAAAGGCAUGGUGAUAUGAACUGCAAAAGUAUCGUACUAGUAUGAAUCGCAUGACAAAUUUCCUCAGCAUGAGAAAUAGAAUUUGUAAUGCGGAUUUAACUUGGCAAAAAAAUUUGUAAUGCAUAAAUGCGAUUAGUACGAGUGCGAUGCUUUUGCAGAGGAUAGGUGAGCACGAGCAGCAACACAAACGGGUUUUAUGGAUUGCAAAAGUGUCUGGGUCUGGAAGAAUGCCAGAUUUGUGAUGCAGGUUUUGCAUGACGUGUGAGGUCUGUGAUGCAUGCCGUAGCAUCACAGAUUCUGUGAGAUCUUUACCAUGCCUUUUCCGCAUGAGAAACUGCGGCCUCUCGGCCUUCUCAAAAGUGAACAGCUUUAUUGGUAAUCAUGCAAUACAGAUUUUUGUAUAGAUUCAGAUUUAGCAUGACAAGUUGCACUUUUCUAGACCCAGACAUUUUUACAGUUGAUAGGUUUGGGCUCUUCUCCAUUUUGAACAACGUGCAGAAAUCAAAAUACAUGCCCCGGUGCUACGACCGCGACAUGGAUUGCGGCGGGUCUUUCGGCUUUGGCGGGAAGAUCGCGCAGUUUGGUACAGUGGAUUUGUUGAAGCUCUGCUUGUUCUGGAAGUCCUUUAGUAUGCAUGAUGACUAGUAUUAAAAUUAACAGCGUGUUGCUUACAUCUGUCGCAUCACGAAUCUAGUUCCACCUAGCCUGCAAAAAUGAACAUUCCUAUAUGGACGACACAAUGAUCUUCUCGCAGGUUCCGCUUUGAAAGGGGCCAUCUAUGGCGUUCUCAAAUCGGUUACCUUCUCAACUGUUACAUGGUUUGUCAUGCAAAAUUGCCUUCAGAAGCGACAUCAUGAAGCUGCUUCGCAUGACAAAUUGUCAGAGGGCCAAAUAGGGUGAUAAUCUGCGCCAAGUCUGUCAUGCAAGACGCGCAAGGUCGCCCCUAUCACUUUUGCCAUUCUUGCAUCACAAAUUCAUGUAACAGUUGAGAAUGUAACGCUUGAGAGCGCCAUACCAUCUACCUCCACGUUGUCCCCUCGGAGCCCGAAAUCAUCGGCUCGGCGGACGUAUCAAAUGCAAAAAUGUCUGGGUCUGGGAGAAUGCGCGAGGAUUUGUGAUGCAGCUUUUCCAUGACCCAUGAGGCCUGGAAUGCAGGACCUAGCAUGGCAGAUUCUGUGCGAUCUCAUCUCUCAUGCCUAUCCUGCAUGAGAGACUUUUGGUAAUCAUGCAACACAGAUUUUUUCUUUUGUGUGCUUCAGAUUUAGCAUCACAAGUUCGUUGCAUUCUUCCAGAGGACCCAGACACUUUUACAGUUGAUAGGACGCUUUUGAGAACUGGGCCAACAUCCAGGACUGGCUCGGCUACUGUCAGACGAAGUCUCGAGUAUGGAACGAAAAAAUUGUUAGAGUUACACAUUGUGUUGCAGGCCAAGCAGGACAGACAAGCGUUGUCAUGCCGGAUAUGCAUAGGAGACUCCUUCCAUAGGUGUUUUCCUGUAGGAUUCCUGCAUUGCAAGUUUUCUAUCUUACGCAGAGAAAUUUGUGUUGCUGAAUUGACAACAAAUGUGUGACUGUAACACUUUUUUCGUGUGAUAUCGAGUAGAGAAGGACGAGUACGAGAAAGCUUUGUGGGAUUUCUAUCAAACAAAAAAGUGUUAACGUUAACGGUUUCCACAGAUGGCAGUCAUGCAUUACAAAUUUUGCCUUCCAUGCAUGCUACGCAAUACAAAUUUGGGCACCUUUUCUGAUGCAUUACUGCAUCACAAAUUUCGUUAACGUUAACACUUUUUCCUGUGAUAACUUCAUCUCUCUACACAUCAACGCCGACGACAUUAUCCACUGGAAAUAAUGUACAACUUAUCGUACUCGUACAAAUUGCAGUCCUGCAUGACAGAGUAGAGAUCUACUGUUCUACCUGUUCCAGCAUGAGGACACGUUGCAUUUUUGUUGUUAAGAAUAAAACUAAUGUAAAAAUGCAAUUCGCACUGAUAAGUACGAUGAUUUUGCAAUGCAUAGACAUCACGUCGAAACAACGCAUCGUGACGAUAUCAAAUGUAAAAAUUUCUGGGUCUGGAAGAAUCCGAACUUGUGAUGCGUGUUGCGGAUCAUACAAAAAUCUGUGUUGCAUGACUUGCAAAAGGUCCCCACUUCUAACCGUGUUGAGAGGGCAUUUCUCAUGCAGAAUAGGCAUCACCAAGGGGCUGCAGAACCUGUGAUGCUAGGCCCUGCAUUCCAGACCUGGAGGAGCUUGAAAAACUGCAUGACUUUUUAAGAGGGGUUUUUUCGUAGUUGGGACUGUGUCAUAGUAGGAUGAUUUACCGCUUUUUUACUUUUCUUUUCUCCCUUGACGCUAGUGUUUAGGUUUGCACACAACGUUAUCCCUACCCAGAUAGCAACAAAUGCUCACGCCGCAGCCGUCCCAGGAGCUUUUAUUUUGUUGUUGUCUCUCGGUAGUGAUCACUUUGUCCAAACUUAUUCUACCUAGAGUUUGUCGAGUAAGUGGCUACCGUUUUAAGGUUUAGAGAACGACAGGGACGCCCAGCCCUUAGCUUCCCAACAUGACAAAUCUCGGAACCUUCCAGACCCAGACAUUUUUGCAUUUGAUAGACGAAGCUCGGUUACGAUUUGCAGGAAAUCGCGAACAGCGCGGAGCUAUGCACUGCAAAAGUAUCUGAUACUCGUAGUAAUCGCAGCGAUCAUGCAUGCUUGAUAUAUCUCGGUCUCAACGUAAAUCUGCAUUAUACUUUCUCACGCUGAGGAAAUUUGUCAUGCGAUUUCUACUAGUCCGAUACAACUUUUGCAAUUGAUAGGAGCAGUACUUGGGGCACAAACCCGGAUCCAAGUGGGCUGAGAAAGCCGCGGCGGAGGAACAAGCGCGAAUUUCGAAAGCGUCUAUGGAUCAGGCUUCGAACAACGGAGCGCCGGCGCUGCCUGCGUUCGACGAACACGCAGCGGAAGACUAUCAAAUGUAAAAAUGUCUGGGUCUGGAAGAAUGCAACUUGUGAUGCUGCGUUUCGAUGUCUAAAAAAUUUGUGUUGCAUGAGCAGCAAACAGAGUCUAAUUUUUGCUACGCGGAGAGGGCAUUUGUCAUGCGGAAUGGGCAUCAAGAAUCCCUCAAAAAACUUGUGAUGCUAGGGCAUGCAUUACAGGCAUCAUGGGUCGUGAGAAAUAUGCAUGACAAAUCUUGCAUUCUUCCAGACCCAGAUAUUUUUACAUUUCAUAAAGACUUUUUCAGCACCAUGGCCCAGAAGGAGGCGCAGAAGAAUAUCAAAUGAAAAAUCCCCCCACCCCAUACUCAAACUAGAAAUUUGUGAUGCAGAUUUGUGGUCACAAAUCAGCUUUGUCAUGCUAGAAGAGAAAAGAUGCGGACUGUAGUGCUGGUUGGCGUGGGAAAGCCUUGCAUCUUAGCAUGACAGGGGGCAGCUGGAAGUGGGAAACAGCAUCACAGAUUGCCUGCAAACGAAGCCACAGCUGCGUCUCUUGGCCUUCUAGCAUUACAAGUCGAUUUGUGUACUCAAAUACAGCAUCACAAAUUUCGUUUUCGAUAUGGGGAGGGGGCAUUUUUCCUUGUGAUAAAGAAACAGGAGGAUCUGCAGUUGGCGAGGAAAAAGGAGGAGGAGGAACUUAUCCUGUGCAAAAGCAUCGUAUAUAGUAGUAAUUGCAUUACAAAGUAGCUCAGCAUGACCACAAAUCGAAUUUGUCAUGCUGUUUUACCUUGGGAUGGAGAUUUGUAAUGCAUGCCUGCAAUUACUACGAGUACGAUACUUUUGCAAUGCAGAGAACUCCAACUACAGCAAAAGAAGGUCGACUCCGCUUCGGACUGUAUCCUUGCAGUGCACAACUACUCCCCAGGCUGCUUCCCCGCGGCCCUCAUUUGUUGAAAUGCCUCAGCAGCAACACAAGCAAUGGCAGAUGAAGUGGAGCCUUCGCAUGACACAUCUUCUGAAGAUUUGUCAUGCGCACAGUAUUUGAAGACAACAUGUGGAUUUGGUAUUUUUGCAUUACAAAUGUGCAGGGGAGGCAGGGGGAGUAGUAAGUUGAGUGCACUUUUAUACAUUGGAACCAGGGACCGGAGCUCCUCAUCCGACAAAAUUUCUUGGUCGGAAGCAGGGAAGCAGCCGUGGAAAUUUGUUUGAAGUAUUUUAUUAGUGCUCUAGACAAAAGAAAAACGUUCAACUAUUCUGGUCGUGUCUGAUUUUUUCAUAACACAAAAGCGCAAUUUGUCAUGUUGAUUUUCCUCGCGGCUCAGGAGAUUUGAGAUGCGGCUAUGCAUCAUGUUUAUGCGAAAGAACAACCCUCAUUGUCAUUGACCAGGUGUGGUCGCGUUGCUGACGCGCUCCUCAUCGCGUACCCCGAGCCGGAGCUGUUCGCCAAGGUCCGUGACGAAUACAUCCAGAGCCAGCAGGAUCCGUUUUUGUCCACGAUUGGGAAUGUGGUGCAGAACCAACUCGAAGCACUGGUCUGUGACAUAUGGAUUGCAAAUAUGUCUGGGUCUGGAACAUAGCAACUUGUCAUGCUACAUCUGAAUCAUACAAGAAUCUGUCUUGCAUGAGUACCAAAAGCCGUCCAUUUUCGACCAGGGUCGUGAGGGGGAGUUUCUCAUGCAGAAUAGGCAUGAUAGAGAUCUCACAGAAUCUGUCAUGCUAGGUCCUGCGUCACAAGUCGCGUACUCUUCCAGACCCAGACGUAUUUGCAAUGCAUAUGACAGCAACCUGAACAACUGGAAAGAGACGCUCGCCUUGCUUGCCACCUACGCGGAGCACGACCAGGCUAUGGAAGUGUCAGAAUCGAAGUUGACAAAAUCGAAAUGAUUUGCCAUGCAUAAAAUGGAUUCCAGUUCGAACCCAGUUUCUAAGUGGCGCAUGACAAAUUCUGGGGGCGCCUAAAUCCAGUUUGUAAUGCUGUUUAGGCAAAGAAGGCUGAUUCUCUCAUGCUGCUUUAGCAGCUCGAUCUAUAACCCCAAACAGGCUUAUAAUCGGCCUCACUUGCCUGCUCUGCAACACACGUAUUCCGCGUCAUGCAUUUUAUGCAUCACAAAUUUUUCGACUUUGUCAAUUUCGAUCCUGGCAGUUCCAUACAGGCUUGGCGGUAUUUAACCGAAAAACUCGCCGACAGGUUGGAGCACGAAAAGUUUGACGUGCGCUCCGCGGUGCUAUUAUGCUAGACAAAAAUUUUCCGUACACAGCUACAAGAUGCAUGACAAUAAAUUCCGGCAACUUUUAAUUACACCCUCGACUUGUAUCGCGAAGUAGGUUCGUGGCAAAAGAACAACUCUGUCAUGCCCGACGAGUGCAGGAAUUUGUACGUCGUGUACUGAAAAAAAUUCUCACUGGAUAUUUGUGUUGCGUCUGCUCGAAGAAUUUCGGGAAGACGAUCCAGUACUGGUCCAGUAUGGGCGUCGGGAUGACGAGCAGCAACCCGGGAGCGAGUUCGCCCGUGAACAGCCAGCACUUGGCGCUCCAAGCUUUGGUCGAGCGCAUGACGGUGUGGCAGGACAUCACGCAAACGGCAUACGCAUUGCAAACAUGUCCAGAAAGAUGUCUGGAAGUGUCUAGUAGAUUCCAAUAACUUGUGAUCCGAAGUCUGGAGUUGUUGUAGACAAAAAUCUCAUGUAUUUGCGUCCUCAGCAAAAACCGUUCGUUUUUCGUCUCGUCUAGGACGUGGACGAGAGGGCAUAAUUUUAACUACUGCAGGAGACUCGGCGUCGUGGCUUCAAAACCUUCGCAGAAUUUGCCAUGCUCUGACAGUGCAUUUCAGAUCGAUGACCUUUUUGCAGAUGCAAAAACUGCAUGUUGACCACAGAUGUGUGCAUCAUUCUUUAUCCAGACCCAAACAUAUUUGCAGUGCAUACGGUGGUGAACAAUACCGCUCAGAAUCAACCGAACAGCACGGAGUUGGGGCUUUUCACUUUGAAGCUCACUCAGUACGCGGAACUAUUGGCGAAUUCCGGGAGAAUGACAAGCGCCAUGCGACAGCUCCAGCGGCUGAAGAACGACCCGAGCUCGGCAUUGCUGAGACACAGGAUUUUUCACGCGUUACCUCAGGAAGAAAUCCACAAGGGCGGGUUCCAGCACCCCGGGGAAAUGCCGUUUCAGCAGGUGUCGAUCAAGGUGUCGCCGGGAAUGGGAGGGGGCAUGUACGGACCAGGGGCGGGGAAGCAAACUGGUAUAAUACGCUUUUACCUAUUCUUGCGAGUUGAUGACGUGUGGGUGUGAUCUUGUACUAGUCCUGCAAAAUAAGUAACAUGCAGCGACGGAAAGUGUAGUAAAAACAGCUAUAGAGUAGAUGAUGCGCGGUUCACAACCUGCUGAAGAAGAAGAUCCAUCUACAAGAAUCUUCUACAACGACCCUCGUCGCCCGUAAAGAAGAUGAAAGAAACUAACCACGCUGUCGUGCUGCUCGCAUUUGGCCUUUUGAUCAAGAAAGAUGUUGUGCUGGUAGAUACACACAUUCAUACCGCACAGAUGAACGUUGAUGUGGUCCCUAAGAACUAUACGAACUACAAACUAGUUUUCGUACAAAAAUUUUUCGCAUCAUCAAAUAAACUUUUCAGGUGGCAAAUCCGGUUUACCCCCCACCGGGCCACAGGGGCAACGCGGGAUGGCGGCAUCGCAAAAUAUGAAAUGUAAAAAUGUCUGGGUCUGGAAGAAUGCAAGUUUGUCAUGCUUGUCUGGCAUGACUCGGGAAUCUGUGUUGCAUAGGCACGAAAAAGCCUUCUUACCUGAUGUCAUGCAAAAACGCAGUUUGCCACACGGAAUACGUAACACAUGGCAGCCAAAAAAUUUGUCAUGCAUAGCUGCGUAUUGCAGUGCGUCUAUCAUUCAUUUUUAGCAUUACAAGUUUCCAGUCCCAGACAUUUUUACAUUUGAUACAAAAGGGGAUGCAGCAACCUCCGAUGGGCGGACCUGGCUCGGCUGCACCACCCAACCGAGGCAUAGCCCCGCAAACCCCGGCCAGAAAUCCGUCCAUGCCGACAACUUCGCAGCAGCCCAUGUCGCACCAGAAAGCCAAUCAGAUGCCCCCGGUCGGGAGUCACAUGAAGGGCGGUAUGUCGAGUAACCCGAUGACCAUGACACCGUCGAUGAACAGUGGGGAAGCGGGAAGGAUGGGGAAUCCAAACAGCAUGAUGCAACCGCCCAUGCAGAACAUCAGCAACCCCAUGGCAAUGCCCCCACCUGCAACGCCGACCACUAAUACCACACCCAUGUCGGCUCCGGGAGGCCCGAUGGGAGGCAGUACGGCCAACACGUCCAUGAUGAGCGGCCCCCCGGGCGGCGGGGGCAUGUACGGCGCAAGUCCGCAGGUGGGCGGAAUGAAAGGUGGUGGCCACAUGCAGCCGCAGAUGCAGCCACAGCAGAUGAGCAUGGGAGGAGGCGGGCCACCGCCGCAGCAACGUAGUGAUAAUUGAUUUUGAUGUUGUGUUUUGUCAAAGACAUAAUUCCCAUCUCAUGCUGAUGCAGGUUACUACUAGCUGCAGUAGCACUUGAUAUAGUUCACAUAUAAACUUCCAGAUCCACUUUUCAACAUACAAACUCCAUACAGAACAAGUCAUGGGCUCGGCCGUGGCAGGCGGUCGGUCGACCGCUCCCAUGGCCGCCGCAGAGCCUGUAUGCAUUGCAAAAGUAUCGUACUCGUAUAAAUGCAAUACAGAUUUCCUCAGCAUGAGAAAUAGAAUGUGUCAUGCAGAUUUGCCUUGAGAAAAAAACUUGUAAUGCAGGACUGCAAUUAAUACUACGAGUGCGAUGCUUUUGCGUAGGAUAGCCUGUCAUCGAAGGAUUACCUACCCCUUGGCCGAUCCCGAACCCAACGCAAUCGACUCUGCACACGAACGAAGCCACAGCCGGAUUGAACGCCCAGGUGAACGCCACGCAGGCAGAUCAGAGUCCGGCGGCAGGUACUGCAGUUUGAUUUUUUGUUGAGCGAAUCGAGAAGUUGAGAUUUUUUUAUCUUGACGCGAUAAAAGAUGGUGGAUGGUCGGUCUUUACUCUGGAGUUAAUAUGUGUCAUUUGGAUGUUGAAAAGUAGAGAGUGAGUACUUUUAGUUAGAUGAGAGAGAUUGAUGCACACAGAGAGUUGCUCCCACUCACCCUCACGACCUGUCUCACUACAAAGCGGAGUGUGAGAAUCAUGUCAGGUGGUCGUCACCUAAGUAAGCCGCGACUCGGACUCGGAGUAAGCCACCUUCGAUCCUUGUGUCUGAAGAUCUUUGAGAUGAUUCUGUACAAGUGAUCAAUGUUGAUGUGAGUAUGAGAAUCACCUAUGUAUAAACCUCAGGUGGCCAGCCCGUGUGGAUCGCCUCUCCGGCGGACAUUUCCACGGUCAAGCAAGGCCUCGAGCAGCUUUUCUCGCAGUACGCACAGGUCCAGCCGGCUAUAUGGAUUGCAAAAAUGUCUAGGUCUGGAAGAUAGCAACUUGUAAUGCUGGAUUUGGAUUCUACAAUAAAUCUGUAUUGCAUGAACGGCAACAGAGGUCCAGUUUUUGUCAUGGCGAGAGCGCAUUUCUGAUGCGUUAUAGGCAUCAGGAAGCCCUCAUAAAAUCUGUGAUGCUAGGGCAUGCAUCACAGACAUCAGGAGUCAUGCAAAAUGUGCAUGAUCCAGACCCAGACAUUUUUGCAUUUGAUAGGCCAAGCGGGUAGUGGACGACACGAGGAAACGGUUCCAGGCGAUCUACGACGCGUUAGAAUCGGGCCAGCUGAACGAACAGGUCGGUUUAAAACUGAUCGAACUCGCGCAAUCGGUAAGCGAUGUGAAUACCGUGAAGUCGAUCAAGCAACAGCUGUCGUCCAGUACUGGCAUGACACAGAAGGACCAUAUGGCGUUCUCAAAUGUUACAUUCUCAACUGUUAGACGAUUUGUCAUGCAAGAUCACAUUAUCAGAAUCGACACGAUCAAGCUGCUUCGCAUGACAGAUUCUCGAAGAGCCAAAGAGGCUGAGAAUCUGUGCCAAAUCUGUCAUGCAAGACGCGCAAGGGCGCCCCUUUCAUUUUUGCCAUUCUUGCAUCACAAAUCCAUGUAACAGCUGAAGAUGUAACAGUUGAGAACGCCAUAGACCAGUAUUGGCUCGUCGGGAUUCACCGGUGCGUCACGGAAUUGGAAAAGCAGAUGCGAUAAAAAACAUUUUUCGGCAGGAGGACAAAAAUGCUAUUUGGAGGAGCGACUUUUUAAGAUAAGUACAAUGAGCGUGAGCGAAAUUGAACGAACUACUACAUGGAACAGCAGUGCUAGUAGUUUGAUUUACUAUUUUUCAACUUUUUUCAACUACUUUCAGACAUGUCUAUAGGUCUUGGAACAACUCGGAAAAAAUUUCGAAGAAAAAACAUCGUGAAUUUAGAAGCAGGCUUUUUCAAACUCAUUGUGAUGUCAUUCAGAAACAAACUUCGUACUGAUUUUGUACUCUAUUAGUUGUUUUAUUGUGUCUACUUCUACUACAGAUCAUUUUUAGUCUAUUCAUUGACUUUGGUUGACUUUGGGAUUUGAGCCGGCAUGAUGACCCCGAUCUAAAAAAUGCUUCGGUGAUACUUAUCCUAAUCCUCGUCAAUCUCAAUCUUCUAUACCAUUACGAGGACCCCUUGUACCCUCAUAGCUCACCUUGAAUUAUUUUUUGUGAAUUCAUCAUUGUUGGCGGCCUACUAGCGAAGAAAUACUUUAAAAACCUUCAAGAAAAAGUAAAGUAGCCGCCCACGCAAAGACGACAAAAAACUCGAGAAUAUCCUUGACAAAGAGCAAGACAAGUUUGAUUUUUCCCAGCGUGAAGUUGAAGUAUUAAUGCGGCUCACGACCGUGUGGUCCGCGCACGCUGGGCUGCGGUGUGCAGCCGACAAGAGGUUUUAGUGCCAGUAGCAUGAAUCAGGUAGGUCCUAAGUGGAACCUCCGGUGUUCGAACUUUAUAUUCGAAGCACACGGGCGGAAAACAAGAAUUCUGUGCACGGAAUAAACUUGAAACGAUCGGGCCUCAAACGCGGAGACGGAC